GAACCGAGAGAGCGGGAGAGAAGAGACAAGGGGCACACCAACAGUCAAUAUAUUUAUAUCAGAUAAGAGGAGGUGAACCUUGUUGACUGCUAUACAACAUCAAACGCUCGUUUAAGUGGAUUUUUAACCAUUCAUAACUGUUCGUUCCAUCUCAAAACGCCAAAAAAAUCCACUUAACAGACAACGACUUGAGGACCCUACAGUCGUGCGGAUCGUGAAGCAGCGUGUGACCCACUGUUGCCCAUUCACUUACAAGUACCCUUAAGGAGACGAGACGAGUUGCCAUGGAAACUGUCCUGGUCUUCCUUUUUUCCCUCCUAGUCUAUGUGGCGGCUUUGUCUGAAUCUGCUGGCCAAGAUGGAAAAGAAAAGGGAUUGGAACCAUUUGUAUACGACUAUGAGAGUUUGAGGAUCGGGGGUCUGGCGUUUGCUGUGGUGCUGUUUGCUCUGGGAGUGCUCCUUAUUCUCAGCCGCAGAUGCCGCUGCAGUAUCAACCAGAAGCCCAGGGCUCCGGGAGAUGAAGAAGCUCAAGCAGAGAACCUCAUCAUCUCCAAGGCCAAGGAGACCCCUAAAGCAGAGGACUGAAACAAUCCAGUGCUGUUAAACACAUAGCUGUGGCGGAACGACUUCACUGAUGCUGCGGAUGCUGAUGAUGAUGAAGCUGAUUCCAGACCAUGGCUAUGAGAGGAUAUAGAGAAGACAGAGAUUUGUGGGGGGAGGCAACUAUGACUUGGAUUUUUAAUGGGCCAGUGUCUUGUACGUAGACCUCUAGUCCUGUCACGUGAACAGUAACCGUAUCCGUCUUUUCGUCCGUGCCCUUUUGCAACAGUCCGUCUUGAGUGAGUUGUUUUAGCAAAACUAGCCACUUUCUGCAGUUCAUUCUUAACAUUUUUGGCUCCCUCCCAGUCAAACUUGUGCGUGCGAUUUAAAGGAACAGUUCACCC